GCUGCACUCAACUUACGUCUUCCACACUACUUGAUGUGUAGCACACGACAUAGUGACACGUCAAACCGCCGGCGCCAUCCAUUCCGCAUACCGGUACCGAUUCGGGCCUGCUGCUGUCACUCAGCAAGACUCGAACAGACCAACCGCGAGUGGCGUCCGGGGGGCUUGACAGACCCCAGCACACACACACUGCACAGCCAGACUACAGCGAUGAGCGCCCAGCAGACCAAAGCUCCUGAGGGAGCGGAGCUCAAGGAGGCCAUCAAGCGCCAGGUAGAAUUCUACUUCUCCCGAGCCAACCUGGCCAAUGACGCCUACCUCGUCUCGCAGAUGAACUCGCAAAUGUAUGUGCCUGUGGAGGUCAUCAUCAACUUCUCUAAGAUCAAGCAGCUCACAGACGACAAGGCACUGCUUGUCGAUGCCGUACAGGACUCAACGGUCUGCUCGCUGAACUCGUCCAAGGACGCUAUCAAGCCCAACAUUAAAUCCGAGCGCACUACCAUCAUUCUGCGCGAGAUCCCGUCCUCAACCAAGCCCGAGGAGGUUGGAGCCAUUUUCGAGGGAUGCGGCAAGGUCGCCAGCGUGCGCAGCGACGUCGGUGACACGUGGUUCGUCACUAUGAACUCGGAAUCCGAAGCUGUGAGCACGCUGCUGGCUCUGCGCAGCAAGACGUUCAACGGCGCACCUAUUAAGGCUCGUCUUAAAUCCGAGAAUGUGCUCAAGUCCUUCUACCCCACGCAGCCGGCGGAGAACGUCAUCGCUCCCAGUGUGGGCGCCCCGUACGGAGGCCGCGGCUACUACGCCUCGCCCAACAUGGGCUACUACGACAACUACGGCGUCCAAUACAACACAGUGAACCCGCGUGCGGGUCAGCACCACAACUACAGCAACGGCGCUGAGAACAGCCGAUAUGCCGGCAACAAUCAGCGUGGUGGAGCUGUCGCUGGCCGUGGCCAGGGACGUCAGAACCGAUCAAACGGAGCUGGCGCCCAGCAGCAGAGCAAUGGCCGCGCUAAGAGCGGCAGCUUCGAGCAGCGGGGACCUAGCAGCUCUCGUAAGAACAAGGAUAAGCGCUCGAAGGCUGAGAAGCAAGCAAACAACAGCAGCAACGGAAAGAAGACGGCCGCUGCUGCUCCCGCUGAGCGUCAGCCAGUGUUGAACGCGGCGAACUUCCCUCCGCUCCCUACAGCUCAGGAGAAGGGCGAGGUGUCGAAAGUCAUCACGUACAAGUACGCUCACGAGGACAUCAUGGAAAUCGUUAAGAACAUGGACGAGAAGGACUGCAUGCUGCUGGAGGGUAAGAUGGACUACGCUGUGCACCCGGCGGCUCUGACGGCUGAGGCGCACCCUGAUCUGCUGCGUAACCAGCGUACAUACAGUAUUGAGCAGGCUCGUGACGCCAUGCGUCAAGGACGACCGAUCCGUAGUGACUCGGUGGGCUCGAUUGACUACGAAAGUAUGAUGUACGGUGAGGACUACACCAAGGAGGCUCGUGAACAGCGCAAGCAGAAGGCGGAGAACGCACCUGCUUCCACUGAUGCCGUCUCUGCUGCUAAGGCUGCUGCGCCUGCAUCAACCAAGUCGGCUCCUGUCCCUGCGAAGGUUAUCGGCUACGCUGCGGCUGUGAUUAAUGGUACUCCGGCCCCUGCUCCUGAGCCCAAGAAGAAGCAGCCUGUUGCCAAGCCAGCCACCAAGACUGCCGCUAAGGAGGAGAAGAAGGUCGCUAAGAAGGCGACCAAGACUGCUGAGAGCGCGCCCAAGGCAGCUGCUGCUCCAGCCGUGGACGAGUCCUUGCCAAAGACCGGUGCAUGGGGUGGCCGCAACUUCCUCGAUGUGGUAAAGGCUGACCCGCCUGCUGCUCCCGCGAGCGAAAGCGAGAGCAAGUAGACAGGCGCAUUGGCGAGGAGGCGGGAGGCUGUGGUGAUGCGUGGUUGGUUAGGCGAGAAAGCACUCGUCUGAUCUGGGUCCUGGUCUGGUAACGACGCGGUGGUGUCUUUAGCUCACCGGCUGCUGAGUUGGUUGGUUGGUCUGUCAGUUGGGUUUGCCGAGGGUGAGUUUGAAAGAAAACAAUGAAACGAGACAGCCACUGACUGGAACAAUGAUGUGACCCGGGGCCUGGUGAUGGCGGAGACGUCGAGGACUCUCGGCUGUCGUUGUGUUCUCUGCAUUUUGGAUAUUUUUUAUACAUGGAUUUGCUGACGAGCGUGCGCGAUAGUGUACGGGUGUUUGCUUCGCUCUCCACGCUGUCAGCACGCAAGGCUUCACCAGGUGUGCUCAGGCGAGGAGAAAAUUCAAAGGCGCGGCCUUCGAGUUGAGGCCUCGAGUGCUUGUGCGCUAUUAGAGAGUCGAACUGGAUGCCGUAGCCGACAUGCAUACCACGACAGCAAUAACCAAAUAGACAUGGGUACGAGGACCUGGCGACGAUAAUGACUCUUGCAUCUCUUGUUGUCUGAAGCGUCUUAGACGCGUGUCUCGGUGCUGGCGAC